CGCUCAUAUAAAAGGAUUCAAGAUUCUCCCCGCGCUCCCAGUUGACGCGUUAUUCUCAUCCGGGAUUGUAGUGCUAGAAUAUAUCUAUCACAAUGUUUAAGCUUAUUUGUGUAUUGGUGUUGCUCUCGGGAAUCGCUGCUGAUCCAACGUUCUCAAAAAUUCACAAAAAACUGGAACUACUGAGUGGAUUAUUCAACAAACAAGCGCCACCACCAGCAGCAGCACCUGCUCCCGGUCCAAGUUUCUAUGCCCAACCACCACCACCACUACCACCAGCACCAGUCGCCUACUAUCCUGCUCAGCCGGUCUACUAUGCUCCUCCUCCACAACCCAGCUAUCACCAGCCUCAACAGCCUCUUCCAGUUGUUGAAGAUGUUCGUUCCCUGCCAGUGCCAGUGCAACAAACAGUUUAUCUAGCCCCUCAACCGGAACCAAACCAUGUACCCACCUAUCAAGCACCUGCCCAGGAAAUUAUUUACGAAGCUCCAGCACCAGCCCCUGAAGUAGCCUACCAAGCUCCAGUCGCCUACGCGGCCCCAGCACCGGCACCGAUUGCACUACCCCCAGCACCGGCACCGAUUCCAUAUGCUGCCCCACCACCAGCUCAAUCCAACAGCCUUUUCAUUCCUCGCGGAAUUGAGAUCACCAAGCGGAUCAUUGGAUACUAAGUAUCUGUUCAUGUAACUGAAUAAACCAAAAUGUUCAAAAA